AUGGGUGGGGCACAGCCCCUCCCAAACCAAUCAAAUGCCAAUCAAGAUGCACGCCGGAUAAUUGAAGAGCGACAGUUACACAGAGGAGACCUCGAUGCUCAAGACCUCUUGCACAGGAGGCGCCUCGAACAAGCCAGAGAAGCCAUCAGGAAUGAUAGGAUCACCCGAGGUCUACCCCCCUCUAGUGUCAAGACUACGGUCUCUACACGAGACCACCCCACUCCUUCAAAGCAAGUCGAGCCGAUCGAGGUCAGCUCCGAAAGGACAUCUCCCAGGAGGCAAUCACCUUCUCCCACAAGGAGGCGUCACUCACCCUCUAGCCGUAGAGGCCAUUCCCCCAGGACAAGGACUUCACUCCCUGAUCAACAGCCAAGGGCCCAUUCAUCCUCUCAUCGCCCUAGGCACCGUUCACCCUCGAGAAUAGAGAAGAGCCCUCCACGCCGUGAGCGAACAUACUCACCUCCCCCAAAGAGUAGAGGUGGGCGUACCUCCCUAAGAGGAAGGUGGGACUCCCCCCCACCAAGAACCAUAAGACACAGACAUACCUCAUCAUUGCAAGAGGCUCUCACCCCAUUUAUCCGAGAGAUAAUAAACACCCGCCGCCGGGAUAAAGUGAAGGUCCCUACUAGGCCUUUGGAGUUCCCUGUCGGUCGCCGUUGA